GCGCGAAGCCAAGUCUGGGCACCAGCCGGCAGCCGCCAGGAUACUUGAUGGACGACUGUGGCAAACCUUUCGUGAAGAGAGAGCUCAGACUCUCCCUAAAUCCUGCUCCUUGCGGCGACGACAACCCCACUACUCCCACCGGAGCCGCCUCCGAUGGCGGCUCGUCAGCCUGCACCUCGGCCGUCGCGCUGUUCGUUCUCGGGCUCAACAGCGCAAUAGCCAUCUACGGCUCGAGACACGACCCCCAGUCCAUACUGUUUGUGGCCGUCAGCUUCUUCUGCGUCGUGCUUCUCUUCCACCUGCUCCGUGCGUUCGAGAGAACGCCCCCGGGAUCGCCCCGGAGGUUGCAGGUGAAGGCGGCCAUAUGGGUCGUCACCACCGCCCUGACGGUCAUGUUCUCCGGCAGAGUUGCUCCGUUGAUGCCUGCGCCCGUGGCCGCCGUCGUCUGGUCCAUGGCCGCGGUGACGAUCCUUGCGGGCUUCUACAUGUUCUUCGUAUGCCCGGACGCCGCCGAAGAGAGGCCGACCAGCAAAGUUGUUGCCGAAGGCCCGUAGAUAGUUUGUGUGUGCGCGCGAUUCCGCCAUCGAAGUAUCGUGAUGUAAACAACUCUAAAUUUAAGGUGAGCGUCCGUGCGUAACAACGGGAACAUAUAAUAAUAUAAUAACUUAUAUAUAAAAUAUAUCUUUUAUAACAAAAUAUGUCUUAUAUUGUUAUAAGAAAAUGUUUUAUAAUCUAUUUGUAAUCCUAGCCAUACAUAAAUUUUAUUAUUUAAUUUAGCUGUUUCACUA